UGUUUGUGUUUUUUUGUGCGUGUGCGUGAAAAAAUACGUAAACAGUGCACAUCUGUUUCGAAGUUUUUCUACCAAAAAGUGUUAGUUUUAAUAUUUAUUCAUCUAAUUAAGGAUUCUGAAUCAUCUUGAUGGUACUAUGAAGCUGAACGAACAUCUGCAGAUCAUCGGCACUAACGUUAUACUGGUACCGUACGAGAGUAAGCAUGUUGAGAAAUAUCACCAGUGGAUGAAGAGCGAAGAGCUGCAGGAGCUAACCGCAUCCGAACCACUUACCCUGGAGGAGGAGUACCAAAUGCAGGCCAGCUGGCGUAAUGAUGAGGACAAAUGCACCUUUCUCAUUCUCGAUCGUCAGCGGUACGAAGAUACAAAGGACGAAAUCGGCGCACUGGUCGGUGACACGAACAUCUUCAUCCAAUCCCACCCCGAAGCAGAGGACGAACAGCCGCAGACCGAUCGGUUAGCGGGUGAAAUUGAAAUUAUGAUCGCCGAACCGACGGCACGGGGGAAACGGUACGGCUGGGAAGCUACACUGUUGAUGCUGCUGUUCGGGGUGGAACGAUUGCAGCUUCAGCACUACCUAGCGAUCACAAAGGACACAAACGCGAAAGCGAUGCGCAUGUUCGAGCGGAUGCAAUUUCGAGAAACCAAGCGUACUGCCAUCUUUCAGGAGGUUAGCUUCGAAAGACCUGUUCAGGAUGAUUGGAUAAGUUGGAUGAAAGAUCAGGCAGGAUCGUACACGAUCGUACCCUAUCCGGGUUAGGGACAGAAGUACUGUUACAAUUUUCGGUUGAAACAUGUUUCCAACUUACACGGCCAUUGUUUGCUUGGUAGCAAAAGAGUUGUUGUUUUAUUCUUGUUACGCACGGUCGCCCGUCUUUCGGCAUCUCUUCGGUCUGUUGCUUUUCGCACGACCAUCUUCUGCACAGAAUAGUGCAUCAUCCUGUACUACGGAUUUGUUCUAAUAUUUAGCUAUUUUUGGCAAAUUAUUGUAGUUCCUUUUCGUUACCGUUUGUCGUUCCUACAUGCGCCACUUUCGAAAUAUAACUCUCACUUACUUAGUGCUAGGUAUUACACGCUACUACUAUUCGCUUCCGUACAGCUUCAAAAGUGUUGUAUAUACGCACACGAUGUUUUACUCGUAAUCCGUCCGCUCUCUACUUCCGGGCUUGAAUCAAUGUAGUAGUUUUGUGUAAAUUGUUUGUGAGGGGGGGGGGGCAUAUUUCGAUCCGGUUUUUUAGUGUUGCUUGUUUGUGUGAUUAUUGUAGUUCGUUCCUUCCUCCUUUCGCUUACAUUCUCACCACGUUUGGGUUUACAAUUCUUCGUCAAUAAAACAAAGUCAUUUGAGCAGAGUAUCGUGUGACGUGAUCUUCA